AUAAAAAAUCAGUUAUCCUUUUCACUUGCUCCUUUCCGUUACCACAGCAAUACCUUUUUCCUCUUUCUCUCACCAUCCCAAGUGCUUUCAGAUUUACAGCCACAACCCAACUUUCACAACAAUAGAUUGAAAGCAAUGGCCGAUAUCAUGUUUGCAUGUGUCCACAACGCCGGACGUUCACAGAUGGCCGCAGCAUUCUUCAAUAAACACAAGACCCAAGAUGAAGUCAAAGGUAUAUCUGCAGGGACAAACCCAGCCUCUGAAGUGCACGAUGUCGUUCGUGAGAUCAUGUUGGAGGUUGGUGUAGAUCUCUCCAAUAUCAAGCCCGUCAAGUUGACGCCGGAGCUCGCCAGAACAGUCAGCACGAUUGUCACGAUGGGUUGCGGUGAAACAUGCCCUUAUGUCCCUGGUGUCAAGGUUAUUGAUUGGAGCAUCACGGACCCUAAAAACAAACCCAUCAAUGAAGCCCGAGAGAUCAGGGACGAAAUUGAGAACAAAAUCAAGGUGUUUAUUGCCGAGAACAAUUAUUAGGAGCAUAGUGAUACUCU